GCUUUUCCCCCAUUAAACUGUAACUCUUCGGAUCCCAAACUGGCGACCUCACAUCUCCAGCUGGCACGCGCAAAUGAUCUCAUAGACCAGAUCAAGCUCAAAGUGUUUCCUGCGUGGCGGGGGGCUGGAGAGGGUCAUGGUUGGGGCUGGGCUCAGUGUGUGAGGUGGGAGGCCGGGGAAGGGGGCCCAUCCCGGGGUCUGGAGUGUCCGCUGUGGUGCGUCCUGUGUCGAGGAGGCAAGGAGAGACUCGAGCAGGCCUGUCAGAGAGGGAGGGGAGUGCUGCAUCUCCCCGCAGACAUGCUGAGCCUCAGACUUCCGCAGCUCUUUGACAUCCACCAGGUGCCAAAGGUGUUUCGAGAGGACGGCAUCAUGUCCGGGUACCGUCAUCCCAGGAGCUCAGCCCUGGACUGCAUUCUCAGCAGUUUUCAAAUGACCAACGAGACAGUCAAUAUCUGGACCCACUUCCUGCCGACCUGGUACUUCCUGUGGCGGUUCAGCGUGCUGUGCUCCUCUCUGGACUUCCUGACGGACAGCUACACCUGGCCGCUGCUCGUCUACAUGCUUCUGAUCUGCCUGUACCCCUUCACCUCCAGCUGCGCUCACACCUUCAGCACCAUGUCGGCCGAGGCUCGUCACAUCUGCUACUUCUUCGACUACGGCGCGCUCAGCCUCUACAGUCUCGGCUGCGCCGUCACAUACGGCUCUUACGCCAUGCCCGACUGCUGGGUAAACAGUUGGCUUCAUCAGCAUUUCGUGACCAUUGGCGUCGCCAACUCGCUCUUUUGUACCAGCAUGUCCUGCUACUCCAGGUUCGUAGAGUUGCAGUUCCCACAUAAAAGUAAAAUCUUGCGAACGGCCGCGUUUGUCGUCCCCUUCCUCUUUGAUAGCUUCCCACUGUUCUACCGCCUGCUGUCGUGCUGUUGGGGGAGCUGUAGUCCCAGUCAAGCUCUGGCCAGCCACUCUUACCAUCUGCUCUUUGCGUUCCUCACAUGCUUCCUGUUUGCGUCUCACCUCCCCGAGAGACUGGCUCCUGGACGCUUCGACUACAUCGGUCACAGUCACCAGCUCUUCCACAUAUGUGCGGUGGUGGGCACACAUUUCCAGAUGGAGGCAGUGUUGACAGACAUGGCGUCUCGCAAAGAUUGGCUGACGUCGCACUCCUCUUUACCUUCGUUUCCGGCCACCUUGGGGGUUCUCGUGCUGGGCGUCCUGCUCAACCUGGGCAUCAUUGGCACCUUUAGCGCCGGUUUACCGCGAACACCUCGCCAAAGCACUUCGGCCCACCUUCAUCAGGAGUAACGAGCUUUCUUGACCACUCCACACCUCACUGUGCACCUUUCUGGACAAUUGUGCACUUAUACAGUCACUUUCACUGAUAUAUAAGCCUUGAUACUUAUGUACUAAGAAGCUAAACGUUUAUGCUAUUCGAGAUCGUUUAUUCUAGUUAAUUUUAUACUCACGGUUUAUUAUCCCAGCCGAAAACCCUAAUGAUAAUCGCGACCUUUCAGGAGUUAUUUGAUUAGAUUUUUUAGUCAUCGAUAUGAAAGUUUGAGGGUUGAAUGACACUAAUAUUGAUUUUUACAGGUUAUAUUCUAACAUAGCUUUGGGGUUUUUUAUAAACAUAAUAUGAUGUUUGUGUUACUACAUAUUAAUGUUGUGUAAUAUUAACUGGAAAAUGAUUACGUAGCAUUAAUCAGGGAUUUUAUAUUUGCAUUAAUAUCAUCAUGAGUAACAUCAUUAAUAUGAUUAAUCCAAUUUUAUGAUGUGUUGCAUAUCAAAAUAUUCAAAAAUUAUGGUGGGUACCAUAUCUAAAAUGACAUGCAGGUGGGUGAAGCUAUGCUUGUAUUUGUAAUGUCCCUUUUUAUUAUGAUUUGGAUUUAAUGGAACACCUUUGAAUAAUCUCACAGGUUCAGUAACUAAUCAAUUAAGGGCUGUUUUUAGAAAAAUAUUUCCACUUUUACUUGAGCUCGUUUAAACAUCAUUCUCCUACUAAUAUGAAUAUGGGGCUGCACUGGAGUCCUUCACUCUGGUUUUGAGUUAUGUGUCACAUAUCUGUGGUAUUGUUUUGUUCAUUGCAGGUUUAUGGCGUACAAUACACUCUGUUUAUAUUGAUACACAAGGUUUUUCUAUUUAAUUGCAUUUUGUCAAUUGCACUUGUGGAUCCAGUGCAAACUCGAAAUAGGUUUUGUGUUCAUGCAAUUAGUUACGUUCUGUUCUUAAACCAGAAAUCGAAGCUAAUCGUUGCGUAUUGCUAAGCUGUUAACCUCUGUCUCUCAUUUUGUCCUUUUUUUGUUUGUUUCGUCUGACCUAGCGGUGCAGGACAGGUACGUUGGCUUGUAAUUCAGUGCAAUUAAUGCUGCGUAAAGGCAGUAGUUUCGCGGAACCUUUUCUAACAAGCUCCAAAGAUCGGUCACUUGGUGGUAAUGAUAUUUUAAUUGGUGUAUAUGAAAGGGAUCUUGGGUUAAAAAGGAAAAGUAGGUGCUUCAGUGGUUAGUGGCGGAAAGAUUCUGCAUUUCUCCAAAUGCCUAUUUGUAGUACGACAGCAGAAAUUCUGGCUCACCGUUCGGUGUAAGUAGGUGUGUGUUCUUCCAGCUCCAGCUCUGAUGGAGUCUGUUCUUCUGCUCAAAGAGGUUUAGAUGUGAAUGUGACUGGUCACAAUAGUAGUUUGUGCACUAGAUUUAAAUGAAACGUAAAAGGUUUUGGAUUCCUAAUCCCUGUGUGUUUGUUGGCCCAAAUGAAUGUAUUGCAGUUUUGAAAACUGUGUUUUAAAGCACCAUUUAAUGUUACAAAGUAGCAUUUAAAAUUACCAAGGAAAUUGAAAUUAUUUAAUUUUUGUUUUUAAAUGUUCCAGAAAUGUUUUUUUUUUUUUUUUUACUAUAAUGCUUCCUUUUAAUAAUUGAAAUAUGCAAUCAUUAUCGCAAUGCCUUUUAUUUGCCAUUGUCAAUUUUGA